AUGUGUCACUACCAGAGCCGACGAGAGCGCCUUGAGAUUGAUGUCAUGAAUCGGAUCUUACGAGAGCCGGACUACCAACCCUUCUUGAGGGAGGAGGUAAACGCCGCCAACAAGUUCAGAGCCACGCGGGCCUACCAGACACACAGAGAAGCAUACGACAAGAAGAACAGCACACCCGCUGCCUCUACAUCUAAGCCUAAUAAGACUACGCUAGCUUACACAAUUCUAGCAAGAAAGUCGCCGAUCAUCACCACCGCAGCGCCCAUACCAACGGCAGCUAAUACCUCGACCGCAGUGCCUACUCUUACAGCAGCAUCAAAUGCCACAGCCAUCCCCGUCACAGCCGCCAUACCCAUCACAGCCGCCAUCCCCAUCACAACCGCGACACCUAUCACAACCGCGACGCCCACUCCUACAGCGCCUAUACCAACCGCAGCUAAUACCUCAACCACAGCGCCUACUCUUACAGCAGCAUUAGAUGCCACAGCCAUCCCCAUCACAUCCGCGACGCCUACUCCUACAGCAGCAUUAGAUGCCACAGCCACCCCCAUCACAGCUGCCACCCCCAUUACAUCUGCGACGCCCAUCACAUCCGCAACGCCUACUCCUACCGCAGCAUGUACUGCUACUGCCACCCCUAUCACAGCCGCCACCCCUAUUACAACCGCGAUGUCCGUCGCAACCGCGACGCCCGCUCCCACGGCAGCAUCUACUGCCGCUGCCACCCCCAUUGGAACACUCGGCAUACAGGACGACUGGUCUCCUCCUCCGGACAACGACGACCACGAAGAUUAUGGCGUCGCCAUCCCGUUCAGUCAGAGUAGCGCGCAGCCCCCAGAGCCUGAGUCCCGGAAAAGGGUUAAGCUGACCGUCGACCUCUCGCAGCCACCAAGCAAGUCGGACAUUGAGGCAAUGCAGCUUACCAAGGCAACAGAUUUGGACCGCGCAUCCGAUUACAUCCUGAAGCUGACCCUCCGAAUGGACACGUGCCCACGGGUGGGGAUGCUCCGUGACGUCGUUCACAUGGCGGUGCAGCAAUAUCCAGAGUCCGACGGUGCCAUACCGCUGCGUCUUCUUCCGCUCGGACCGUGGCCAAUCAGCCUCGCCUCUAUGCUCGAGGUGUGCAAAGCCAAGAUGUGGCUGUCCGGCACGACUAUCGACUUCCUUGUCGAGAGAUGUGGCAAUUCACGGGGGUACUCACCGGAGGUCGUGCAUGUCGCUACAAGCCGUCCAGUAUACAUGGCAACCAUCGGCACGUCAUCAUCUAACCCCGAGAUACGCCCCGACAUCGCGUCACUUAUUCCGCAAUCAGUCUUCAUCCUCCCUGAGCUCGACGCCGCAGCAUUCAUCGUCUUCACUUGGAAUCCGACGAACAGCCAUUGGGUAGUGGUGCAGGCCCUAUGCAUGGAAUUUGGGGCGGGGCUCAUGCGCGUGUACGACACAGGACGUAGAUACCGAUCUACGUCUAUGUUCGAGCAGGAGCUCCGGCAAUUCGUUGCGCUGGUGGCGCUCUCUCACCCCCGGUCCAGAUUAGCGAACGUCGAUUGGAACACGGUCGCCGUUAGAUACGAGGAAACAGUGCAGCAAGAGGCAGAUGACUGCGGGGUCUUCACAGCGUGGAACGUGAGGACAUUACUUCACAAUGACCAGCCCGCGAAGUCGGCCUCCAACGCCUUGAGCGUUGGCAUGACACUCCGACGGGAGCUGUUCACCGGAGCACACAGCACUAUCAGCGGCCGUGAUCCCCCUUAUUGCUCGAGCCAGGCUGCGCUCGAUGCGCACAUCGAGCAUCUAUCUGGCGACAUGCGCAACCCCACUGGCCUUAGCCCGACUAGCAACCACCACAACGAUGACAAGAAACCAGGCGUAAGCACUCUCGGUCCUGUUCGAUACGUCGCGCGGACAAGGCCUACAGAACUGGCCACCUCCCACCCAACGAUCGUAUUCUAUACGGAUCUCGGAGAGCCGCGCCAGUACGAGCACUGCGCCUCUGCAGUCCAAGAAAUCGCUCAGUAUAUCCUAUCCAACAACAUAGACGCUUCGAUCGAAGCUAUCGACCGAGUGGUCGGCGAGAGCUUCACAGUCACAGCAUUACAAGGACCGACGGCGGCAGAGAUAGCGCGUUAUUGGGCGAGCAAGAGACGAACCCUUCUCCGUACGAUCGCGAAUAGGAAGUGGCUGAGCCUUGACUGUGUUAACCUUGGAAAAUCCACCGACGGUCUAAAACCCACUAUCGUCAUCACGGCAUCAGACGCAGACGCAGAUGUGUGGGACCAGAUUAUAGCGAGAAUCAGCGUUCUCUUUGACUACAAGCUGGAGGUAGAGCUCCUGUACGGACCGCGCAGUAGGAUCGAUCUGGCGGAUGCUGUGGGAGAUACCGAAGAGGCGGAGAUGUCGGAUAUUUCAACCGAAGUAGAGGAAGAGGCGGACUUCGCAAGCAAGGAACUGAAGAAACCCAAGGGUAUCGCGAAUGAGUCGGAAGACGAAGAAUUCUGCCGUCCCUCGCAUUUCUCUACCGACAUCUACCCUGGUACAUCUGUAGGAGUGAAGGGAGGCCCAUCAGGAAGCGUCGGUGGAUUCCUGAAGAUCGAAUUCCCUGGACUGCCUACUCCCGCCACCCAAGUCGGUCUAACUAACUUCCACGUACUAUGGGGAGGUGACGAGAAGCCAGUGCAACCGCCUCAUCUGAGGGAAGCUUCUUGCGGUUCGGUCACCGUAGUAGUACCAUCAGAUCGCGACAAGACCCGAUAUCUCCGCGACGCAAGUUCGAAGCAUCAAGCUGUAGAAUCCGAGAGCCAUCGGUCCAAAAGGCAGCAAUGGCGAGAAGAAAGAGAAGAAGAGCGCAAAGAGCGUAAGCGGGUGGAAGAGGCAUCCAGCGUUGCAGGAACAACAUGGGCAAGCUCAGCAAAAACCUCUCGUCCUCAUCCCAGGUACACAGCGAAGCAGCAUGAGAAUUGGACGGAACAAAGCCGCAGUACCAACGAUACAACCGAGGGCCCAGCCCUGGAGUGGGACAUUGACUGGUCGCUAUUCUCGAUAGACGCACCUCGCUUGGCGGACUUCAGGGUCGCUGAGCGCAUAUCUCACUCUCCUAAGAUUCGACAUCAUCUUACGCAGCAUGACCUCGACGAGCAGGACAUCAUUGUCCGUAGCGAAGCCGUCGCCAUUCUCGAACACAAGACGCAGAACCUUCCAUACCAAUCCGUACCAGAUUUCAGUGGUCGCAAACAAGAAGCUUUCAUGCGAGGUUUUGCCAGGCGCUACCUUCCUACGAUCCGCAAUGCAGCCUUCCAAGUAAUGCGUUAUAAGCUUGGCACUAUGCUGCGCAAUAGGAAAACGCUGAGCAAGAGGACAAUGAAAUUCCCCCGUGCGAACGUUCGCCAUCCCGGUUCAUUUGUUAAUGGGAAAUUCAUCAAGGCCAAUACGCGCAUUAUCCCUACAUGCAUCGAAGCGUACGCCCUCGAAGGCAGCACUACCAUCCGCGCCACCGCGGCUCGUGCUAUCUUUGGCACAGAUCUCCAUGUUUGCGCUUCACCGCCUGACCCGACACGCACGUACGAUAUGGUACUUCCGUGCUUCCGUCGCUCGGGCAGGCCACGGGACGGUAUCAGCUCCGACACCGAAGUCUUCCACAACGAAUCGGAAGACGUCGAUUUACGCCUACAAGCGAUGUAUGAUCAAUGGGAACAAGUCUUCAACAACUACCCAAGACCCCACGACAAGAUUGACACACAAGGAGCGCUAGCAAUGCAAAGCUUUAGGCCGGUCUGGAUCCCACUGGUAUUAGGUUCUCAAUUCAGCUGGACAUUCUGCGCGAGUGGCAAGCGUUUACGACACAAUGCGAAGGGUCAUUGA